UGUUUAAUUUUAGAGAGUGUGUCACUGUGUUCUGCAGGGUGCGUUCUUGUGACAAGAAAAGGCCUCUGUGUAGCAGAUGAGGACUGCAAAAGAAUGGAUGAAACUGAGGAAGAACAGUUGGCUAAUUAUGAAAUUCAGCUCGGCAUUCAGGAAUCCUUACAAACAGUCACAUUUCCUGCUUAUCAAACUAGUGGCUUCGUACCGACAAGUGAAGUAAACCGCAAAAUUGUGGCUGCAAUAAAACAAGGUGAAAUCACAGAACUCCAGAAAUACAUGCAAUAUAAGUAUGCACUGGAUGAAGCUGAUGAGAAAGGAUGGUUUCCUCUACAUGAAGCAGUAGUCCAACCAAUCCGGCAAAUUACAGAAAUUAUUCUUGAUGCCAUAUAUAAAGCACAGUGGGAGCAGAAGACUACUGAUGGUGAAACACCACUUACACUUGCUGCAAAAUCUGGACUAGAUGAAAAUGUGAAGGCACUUCUAGAGAAAGGAGUUUGGCCGAACACCAAGAACAGCAGAGGGGAGUCACCACUUCUAAUUGCUGUAAGGAGUGGAAGUCAUGAUAUGGUGGUUACUCUGAUAAGUUACAAUUGCACCAUUAACCAACCUUGUGUAAGACGUUGGUCAGCACUGCAUGAAGCAGCAAAGCAGGGCCGCAAUGAUCUGAUCACCCUACUCAUAAAGAAUGGUGCAAAUGUCAGUCUUAGGGAUGGCUUUGGAGUCACACCGCUGGGAGUAGCUGCUGAGUUUGGUCAAUGUGAAGCUCUUGAACAGUUAAUUCAUAAGGGUGGUGAUAUUAACUUGGAAGCAGAUGAUGGCUCUACAGUGCUGUCUGAUGCAGCUGAAGGAGGAAACCCAGACUGUGUGACACUUCUUUUGGAGUACGGAGCUAGUGGAAAUGUGCCAGAUAAAGAAGGAUAUCUCCCUGUACACAAAGCAGCCUAUAAAGGACAUUAUCUAGCACUAAAGUACCUUAUUCCUGUGACAUCGCCACAUGCAAUUAAAAAAAGCGGUCUGAGUCCCAUUCAUUCCGCUACGGAUGGCCAGAGUGUGCAGUGUCUGGAGCUACUUAUUGAAAAUGGCUUUGAUGUCAAUGAACUUUUGGCUGAACACAUAUCUGAUAAUUAUGAAGAUAAAAGGAAAACCGCAUUAUUUUUUGCAGUAUCCAACAAAGAUGUCUUGUGCACAGAAAUGCUAUUGAAGGCUGGUGCAGAUCCAAAUGCAGACCCUUUAAACUGCUUGUUAGUUGCUGUGCGUUCUGGAAACCAUGAAAUAGUGAGGCUGCUCUUAGCUCAUCAGGCUGAUGUCAACUGUUAUUUCACAACUGUAAAUGACACUCAUUUUCCUAGUGCAAUACAAUAUGCCCUCAGUGAUGAGAUCCUGCUACGAUUGUUGUUAAAUAAUGGAUAUCAGGUUGAGAAGUGCUUUGAUUGUAUGCAUGGGGACAUUUAUGGUGGCUCGUAUAUAUGGUCGGUCUCUGAUGAAGAAGUGCUACCAGGCUGGACAUCAUGCAUCAUAAAAGACAGCCAUUUCUGUGAUUUUAUUACUGUGUCCUGGAUGAAGCAUUUGGUCGGAAAAGUUAUUAGGGUGUUAGUAGACUAUAUGGAUUAUGUUCCAAUAUGCACAAAAAUGAAGGCCACGCUUGAAACCCAGAAGGAGUGGAUGGAGAUCCAAGAGAUUCUAGGAAAUCCACGUCCACUGAAGCACUUGUGCCGCCUUAAGAUUCGCAAACUUAUUGGGUUGGAGACAUUGCAGAGUCAAUCAUCAAUGAAGAGAUUUCUAUUACCACCACUUCUUAAAUCAUAUUUGUUAUAUAAAGAGUAUGAUUUAUAUGGGAAGGGACUGCAGUUUGACACAUGAUAGUAUUUGGAAUUAUUAAUAAAAAUGUAAAUUCAUACUUUACAAUGAGAAAUGUUUAAAGUCUGGUAUGAGAGUGUAACUAUGGCAAAAGCAGACCAUGAAUUUGUUAUGAUGCCCAAGGGUGAAGGGCCCAAGGAUUGCCUGGCUGGGUAAUAAUCUACCAAGGGAACAUUGACAUAUGCACUUGCAUAAAAAAGAAUCUAUAUGGAGCUCAAACACCUUGAUCAGAUUUUACUGAAAGUAUUAUGUUCCUAUCAAUAAAGAGCUCUUGUAUGCAAGUGCAAUAACCCAUAGCAACUGAUCAGAAUUCAUUCUGCUGUAGUCAGACCAAUUCAAGACAGAUUGGGAUUAGCUGCUAGAGCUACUGUACCUCAGACUUAGAACUUUUUAGAGAAUGAGGCCAUAUUUUUUAUUGCUGGGAAAGCUUUUAAGAUGGAGAUUACCGUACAUAGCCUUGGGACCCUGCACCUGGGCCACACUGCGAUACUCCAGAAUAUCACUUUAUUUAUUCAUAAGAGAAAAAAUAUUCUCAAAUGACCUGGCCAUCAUAUCUAUAUCUUUAUGUCUUAUAAAGUUUUCUAGAAUUGUGUAUGUUUACUAUAAUACAAUUUUUUAAAUAAAACUUCAUACAAUCUU